ACAAGUGCUUAUCAGCCAGAGAAGUAGGACGAGUUACACUGGGCUGUUGUCAUUUGCAGAGAGAGUACAGCACUCGCUGCUUUUGUUCAGGCUUUCCCCCCUGCGCUGCUACUUAACAAUGGUUUCUAUAAUUUCUGAUCUGGAUCCUCUGAAAGGCUGGAAAGUAUUAAGACAGAACCCCACUGAGCUGUCUGGAGCCAUUCAAAGUAACGGCACUCCUAGCAAGAUGAAUGGCGCACUAGAGCACUCUGAUCAGCCAGACCCUGAUGCCAUUAAGAUGUUUGUCGGACAGAUCCCCCGGUCGUGGUCAGAAAAGGAACUAAAGGAGCUGUUUGAACCAUAUGGGGCAGUCUACCAGAUUAAUAUCCUACGGGAUCGCAGUCAGAAUCCACCUCAAAGUAAAGGCUGCUGUUUUGUAACAUUUUAUACAAGAAAAGCUGCGCUUGAGGCUCAGAAUGCCCUGCAUAAUAUUAAAACAUUACCUGGGAUGCAUCAUCCCAUUCAAAUGAAACCUGCAGACAGUGAAAAAUCAAAUGCGGUGGAAGACAGAAAAUUGUUUAUAGGAAUGGUUUCAAAGAAAUGUAAUGAAAAUGAUAUCAGGGUGAUGUUUUCCUCAUUUGGUCAAAUUGAGGAAUGCAGAAUUCUGCGAGGACCUGAUGGGCUCAGCCGGGGCUGUGCGUUUGUCACGUUUUCUACAAGGGCAAUGGCACAGAAUGCAAUCAAAGCCAUGCACCAGUCUCAGACCAUGGAGGGAUGUUCUUCUCCAAUUGUGGUUAAAUUUGCUGACACUCAGAAAGAUAAGGAGCAACGACGCCUACAGCAACAGUUGGCACAACAGAUGCAACAACUCAAUACUGCCACUUGGGGAAACCUCACUGGACUUGCAGGGCUCACGCCUCAGUACCUGGCACUCUUACAGCAAGCAACCUCUUCUAGUAAUUUGGGAGCAUUUAGUGGCAUUCAGCAAAUGGCAGGUAUGAAUGCCUUGCAGUUACAGAACCUGGCAACUUUAGCAGCUGCAGCUGCAGCAGCACAGAAUUCUGCUGCCACGUCUAAUGCAAACCCACUUUCAACAACCACUAGUGCCCUUGGAGCACUUACAAGUCCAGUAGCUGGUACAACUGCAAACUCCACAGCUGGCGCUGCCAUGAACUCCCUUACUUCUUUGGGAACACUGCAAGGGUUGGCUGGAGCAACUGUGGGAUUAAAUAAUAUUAAUGCACUAGCAGGUACCGUUAACAGUAUGGCGGCCCUAAAUGGAGGACUGGGUGCAACAGGGUUGACAAAUGGGACGGCAGGCACCAUGGACGCCCUGAGCCAGGCCUACUCAGGAAUUCAACAGUAUGCUGCAGCAGCCCUUCCUACUUUGUACAGUCAAAGCCUGCUUCAGCAACAAAGUGCCGCUGGCAGCCAGAAAGAGGGCCCAGAAGGUGCAAAUCUGUUUAUUUACCACCUUCCCCAAGAAUUUGGAGACCAAGACAUUUUACAGAUGUUCAUGCCUUUUGGAAAUGUUGUUUCUGCUAAAGUCUUCAUUGACAAACAGACCAAUCUGAGCAAGUGCUUUGGUUUUGUUAGCUACGACAAUCCAGUCUCUGCACAGGCAGCCAUUCAGGCGAUGAACGGCUUCCAGAUCGGCAUGAAGCGUUUGAAGGUUCAGCUAAAACGCUCCAAGAAUGACAGCAAACCUUACUGAUCUUAGCACUAGAUGUUUACCGCUCUUUUGUUAGCUUUGAUAGGACAUCUUCAUGCCCGUUAGUUCAUCGUUUGCCUAGCAUGUCCCUGUGGCGUCAAAAAAAACAAAAAGUUUCAUCGUCCCGUCAUUGUUUCUGAUGUCUUUCUGACCUCACAUCAUAACUUGGUCCUCCUACUGACCUUUGACCUAGUUUGACCUAUGAAUUUGCAUGUGACCUCAUCUAGCUAUGAAUAUUGGGAAGUCAUUGUGAAAGCAUAGCUGCAUUCAUACAAGACUGAAACUUAAAUGAAACAAAAAAAUAGAAAAAAAAAAAAAACCUGUGGCAAAAUGUUUUUAUUUUCUUUUUCAUUAAUGCAAACUUGAAAGUAUUUUACAGGGAUUGGCAUUCUGCCUGGUUGCUGGUACUAAUAGCAAUAUGUGUCCAGGAGCACGGAAUGUCGGUUUCUAAGUUAAACAGACUACUUCCGAACAGUUUGAAAAAACUGUCUGAUAAAUAUAGAAUCUCUCUUAGAGCUCUGUAAUAGUUUUUACAUUUUUCAGGCAGUGUAAAGUUUUUUGAUAAGGCCAUUUUAAGUGGCUCACUUUCUCAUUAAAUCUAUAUAUAGAACCACUUUUUCUAGAAUAGUUUAAGGAAAAAAAGAUUUGCCCUGUUUUGGGGGAAAAUGCUACCUACUUGUGUCACCUUUUGCUGAACUGAUUCACAGUUAGACAAUCCGUGGUUAAAUGCACAUGAAAUGACCUAUAUUUUAUACUGUUUAAAUGUAUAGAGAAAAAAGUAACCGUAAACCGUGUUAACGUUGGUGCUCGUUGUGGAUUAAGUUGUGGUAUCAUCACGAGUCUUAAGGUCUUAAAUGUUUCAUGUUUUUAAAGACAAGAUUAAAGAUCGGUUUACUUGAACAAUAGAAGCCUUUAUUAUUUUUUUUUUUUUGUUUGUUUUUAAUUUUUUUCUCAUUUUUUUUUUUUUUUUUGUAUUAUUAAACAAGUCCUAUUUGCUAAAAUUUUGUGGGGAAAAUAUUCCAGUUUUUGUGUUUGCUUGUGAAGCAUUGAUGUCAUUUUUUUUUUUUUUUCUAUUGUGGAAAACGAUAUAGAUGUGUUUUAUUGUUCAGCAAAAUGUGAUUUUUUUUUUCUUUUGAAGAAAACUAAUCAAUGGAAUUUAGUGCCAAAUUCCAAGGGUACUUCCUGCCUAGAGCUUAAAUGUGUUUCUUGUGAAAAGUUAUUUGAUAACAUGGGUAUUUUAUUACUUACGUGUUUUGUAUGAAUCCCUCAUAUUUAAGAAAAUAUAUAGAUUUAAAAAAAGUUUGUUAACUUGCUAUUCUGUGGUCUUGUUGCCUGAAAUUGUUAAUGUUUGUUAUUUCCCUUUUUGCUUUUUGUAAGAUGUAAAAGUGCCCAUGUUUCACUUUUUUAACAUCUCUCAUCAGUGCUGUGAAAGCAAACCUCACAAUUUAUUUUUUAUUUAUAAUGUUCAAAACGCCCUCUAAAGGUGAGAGUCUCUGCUGCCUCAUAUUAUAUUCAAAGUCUUUUGAGAAGGAAUUGUUCUUUGUAUUUGUACUGAUACUCUGCCUAAAGAAUUUCACGUCCAUCUGUCUAGACAGUCCUAAGUCUAUACACCCCACAUUUAAAGUUGAGUGUUAUCCCACCCCUUCUAAAAAACCUCUUGUUUGCAUUUAAUGUCUUCCUUCAGCCCAUUAAAGUCCUUCCCAUACAUUACCAUUUUUAAACAAGAAAGUGCUGCAAUGUAAAAAAUUCAUCCAUAAUUAUAAUUUAAAAAAUACCAUAUACCCUGUCUGACUUGAAGCUGAAUUGUGUAUACUCUUCCUUGCUAAUAGCUGCUUUUUAAGUCAAACCACGGGGUAGGGUAAGGAGUAUUUUUUUUUUUCUCAUUAAAUGUGAGUAUAAGCCUUUUGACUAUAAAAACACAACGGUGUCAGUAUAGCUCUGAGAAUUACUUCAGCUUAAUUACCUUUCCUUUUGUCCAGGACUUAAGGGAGAUAUUAAUAUCUGAUUAUGUUCUUCAGGGACACAAUCAGCAUUUAUAAAAUGUGCAAGACAUGAAGCCUUGUUCACAGUAUAGAAUUAGUCUAAUUGGCACAAUUAAAAACAAGUUAAGUAGCAAUUUAAGAACAGUAAAGAUCUUCAUUAUUUGUGAAUAUUGACUUUCAAAAAAAUGUCUUUCUGUGCAAAACAAAGUUUACCCAAAAAAGAUGGGGUAGACCUAGUUGCACAACCUUCUUAAGUGCUGCUGGUUGCCCUUCUUUAUCACAUUACAUUUCAUCCUUAAAUUUUCUACUGAAACACUUUGAGCAAAGUAUCAGUAAAUCCUAAAAUGGGCUUGCAUUAGUCUGUAUUGUUUUAUGUGUGUGUGCUUUGGCAAGGUUCGAUGUACAGUAAUGUGCAGCAAUAGUUGGUAUGAAGCAAGGGAAGAUAAAAAAACAAGUUUUUUGUUUGUUUUUUUUAUUUUUUUUAUUUUAACACUUGCUUAGCCAAAGGCACCUUCUACAGAAAUUCUUCUGCUGUCUAGAUGUGUAGAAUACAUAGUGUGUGCAAAAUGUUUUACUCUUUCAGAAAGUGCCAUAUACAGUACACAUUACUGAGAGUUUGCAGAACUGCCAACACCAUGACCAUCAAACCUUGUAGUAAUUAAAAAAAAAAAAAAA